AUGGUACGAUGUAGUUAUGAUGUGUGGGUGUAUGGUGUGGGUUGGGGUGGUUGGUGUGUCCGUGAGCUCACCUUUUUCAUUCCACAUUCAAUGCACUUAUUUAGCCGACAGAAAGCGCACAUUCGCCGCAUCACUAUAUCGAUGGCACAAUUGGACUGGAAUUUGCAUUUUGUUCAUACUAUUUCAAUGAAUAUGCCCAGGACUAUUAAUAAUAAAUAUUGUGUGGUGUGCGGCGAUAAAGCAACAGGCUAUAAUUUCAAUGCACUCACGUGUGAGUCGUGUAAAGCCUUUUUCAGACGCAAUGCUCUUAAAGUUUAUGCCAAGCGUACCGUUUAUGCCAAGCGUACCAGUAUACGGGGUUAA